CUCUCUCUCUCUCUCUCUCUCUCUCUCACGCUUCAUUAAUUCAGUUUGCUGCUUCUUUCUUUGUCUUUUUUUUUUUUUUUUGUUCCGUUUGACACGAGUCUUUAUAUCUUCAGAGACAUGAAGCAACAUUCAAAGCACCAACCAGAGAGAAGUAGUAGCGCUGAAAUUUGUUGUUUGGGUUAUGGUGGUGCCUACAGCUCUUCUGGCCCAGAGUGUUGAUGCGCAAAUGGCUCAACAUCAGCGACAAGGACUCCGAUUUCAGCGCUGAUGAGGAAGACUGUGACAUCGAUUCCGGUUCGGAUUCCGAGGGUGAAGGAUUUCGUCAACAGGGAAGAGAAUCUCGAUUGAGGGGCAACAAAGGGGAUGAUCCUGAAGAUGCUCUUCCAAGGUUAAGAAGAAGAAACUCAGAGACUUUUAGAGCACAGUAUAUAGACAACGAGGAACUCAGAAUAUGCGUCGUGACCUGGAAUGUUGCAGGGAAGCUUCCACCUGAGGACCUAGAUAUUGAUGAUUGGCUACAUGUCAACGAGCCAGCUGAUAUAUAUGUGAUUGGUCUUCAGGAGAUUGUGCCAUUAAAUGCUGGGAAUAUCUUUGGUGCUGAAGAUAAUCGUCCAGUUCCAAGAUGGGAAAACAUUAUCCGCGAAACACUGAAUCGAGUUCGGCCUAAGACAACCACUAUAAGAUCUUUUAGUGACCCCCCAUCUCCAUCAAAGUUUAAGCCAUCUGAUGAUAUCCCAGAUAUAGAAGAGGAGAUGAGGUUUGAAAGUGAUAGUGAUAUAGGUGAGGAAGUUCAUCCAUUGGAUGAAGAAGCCAAUGAUUUUGAUGGGGGAAAGGAUAGACCAAUCACGGAGCAAAACAAAUGUGUGGGUUUUGGAGUUUCAGACUGUCCUGGAAGUGUCAAAUUAGGCUUGCCAGGAGAAGAGUUACAGAGGCAAUUUUCUUCUCCAAAGAGAUUGGAUAGAUUAAAUUGUUUGCGGACAGAACAAUCAGAAGAUGUGGAACCAUCAGUUUCCCAAAAUAGUGGCAAAUUAACCAGAAUCUUUAGUGGACGUGAAAGAAUUGGUUUGAGUUGGCCAGAGCCUCCAUUAAACUUGCUAUCUCAACGUGUAUUAGAGAGACCAAACUCCUUCAGAUCGAUUAGAUCUUUUAGAGCAACCCAGUCUUUCAGGACAUUUAGUUCUUUCAAGUCAACAACAAAUGAAGUGCCUUCACAGAUAGCAUUGCUGGCAGAAAUUGACCUCGAAUCUCUCUUGAAGAGGAAACGAAGAUCAUCAUAUGUGAGGAUAGUAAGUAAGCAGAUGGUUGGGAUUUUCAUCACAAUAUGGGUCCGUAGGAGCUUGCGUAGACAUAUUCAGAACUUGAAGGUGUCUACUGUUGGUGUCGGUGUCAUGGGAUACAUUGGAAACAAGUCUUUCAGAUUUCAAGACAGUUCUUCAAUCUUCCAGGGAUCAAUAUCUGUCAGCAUGUCCAUACAUCAGACCCUUUUUUGUUUUAUAUGCACUCACCUGACAUCGGGUGAAAAAGAGGGAGAUGAACUAAAAAGAAAUGCUGAUGUGCGUGAAAUACAUCGGAGAACAACUUUUCAUUCGCAUUCUGAUAUUGGACUUCCCAGGACAAUCGGUGAUCAUGAAAGAAUAAUUUGGUUGGGGGAUCUCAAUUACCGUAUAAACUUGUCUUACGAGAAAACACGAGAAUUUAUCUCCAAAAAGGAGUGGUCCAAGUUGGUUGAGAAAGAUCAGCUUGUACCAGAGUUUAAAAAGGGUCGUGCAUUUGAUGGAUGGUCUGAGGGCACUUUAAGUUUUCCGCCGACAUAUAAAUAUGAGAUCAAUUCAGAGAAAUACUAUGGAGAGGACCCAAAGGCUGGGAGGCGUACACCAGCAUGGUGUGAUCGUAUUCUUUCAUAUGGUAAGGGGAUGAGGCUACUGAAUUACAGUAGGACUGAGCUUAAACUUUCAGAUCACCGACCUGUGACAGCCACUUAUAUGGCUGAGGUGGAGGUGUUUUCUCAUAGGAAACUACAGAAGGCACUUACAUUAACUGAUGCAGAGACUGAAAGUGAAGAUGUUAUAGCAAAUAUGGGUAUUGGUGUUGGAAUGAGCUGCUUAAGAUUUGGAGAGGACAUACCCGAUGUUGACCGUUAAGGGUGAAUUUCAUAACCCUCAAGUGGCUUUGGGUGAGAGCUCCUGCAACUUAUGGAAUUCCCAAUACAAUUACUAUAUUUCUCAUGGCUUCUUUCAGAAAUUGUCUUUGAUAUUAUAUAUUGCAGUCGCAGUUAGCAUGUCAUGGUCUUAGCUAUAGGGGUGUUUUCCAAUAGGUCUUAUAGAGCAUACUAAUUCUAAAGGCAGGAUCACACAAGGGGAUUAGGGUAAAUACUAAAUAGUGUGUAUUGGACAGAACAGCUAUCAAGCAGAAUGCUCUCCAGUUGGUUAGAAACUGUAUAUUGUAAAACACAGUUGAUGCCUAUUAAUUUUCAUGAGAUAGUGCUAUAUUCA